AUGAGCGAAGUGGGAUUCUCCACCUACGAAGGACGAGAGGCCCAAUCUGGUAAACAGCCUGACUGCGGACCGACAGACUCAACUGCUAGCGCCAGUUUUCAAUCUCUCGUUGAUCGCAGUAUUCAGGCUUGGGAAGCACUAAAUUAUGUUGGCUGUGACAGGGUUGCAGCAAUCAAAUCGGACUCUACCAAACUGCGCGAUCUGACAAAGUUUGAUGACCUUCUCGCCAAGCGUGAGUUUUGGUUCUUCCAGCUACGCAAAUCGUUUUUGGAGCAACAGCGGUUGGCAAAAUGGAACCCUAACCGCCUGGACCAGUACAUCCUCCUGCCCAUUUCCUACGGCUAUGUCAACAAUAAGGACUGCUACUUCGUCAGCCACUACUGGCGAGAACAGGGUAAUCCAGACCCGGCCGGUGUGGACCUGGCUGCGUUCAAGAAUGACCUUGCAAGCGAUAGCGGGUGGUUGUACAUCUGGGUCGAUUGGACAUGCAUGCCGCAGGGGAAUUGCGGCAAGCGGUCGGACCUAGAGAACUAUUACUUCAAAAUGAUGCUCCAAUGCAUUCCGAUGCUAAUUCGCGACUGCGCAUUUGAGUGGCGGUUCCCGUCUUUCCAGGCCCGUGCUUGGGUUCUCUAUGAAUUGGCUGAGUAUGUCCUUACACAUGCCCAGCACAUCAUAACCGAUGACAACAAGCAUUUUGUCAACCACAUCCGGGAAAUGGUCGCCCUCGAUGUGAAAUCGACUGUGCAAAAGUACGAAUACAAAUGCACAAACGAAUCAGAUAUGCGCCUGGUCACCGGGUGGCUUGAGAUACUCGUGCUUAUGGCCAGAAUCUUCCCAGAUGAUAUUGCCAGCAGACAGGUAGUUUUGGACAAUCUAAACAGGCCUUCUAUUGGGACCUUUUCUAGUCCAGCUAUGGGCUUGAAGGUGGACAAAGCGAAGGGUAUUUUGUGCCACAAAGGAUAUAUUUACCGUUUCACCCCUGUAUUCCAUGUAACAUCGCAUGUGUCUGCUGGCUGUUGA